CCUUCGUUACUCGUCCAGAAGAUGAAGGAGAACCUGCAUCCUGAUUGUCCGCUAUACUACACAUUCCCCUGACUCCCCUUCAGGCCAUGUUGGCCAUCGUUCAAUUAGAUGACCACAUUUGUGAGAUGUCUGCGCAACUUGAGGCUUCGAAAGCUGAACGAAAGGCCCUUGUCACGGCCGCGGCGAGACAAAAACGGGUAACGUCUGGCAUGAAGGCGCAUAAUAUGGAAGAUAUUCUACGCAUAGAAGACGAGUGUGUCCGAUUGUCAGCUCAGGUCUGCCACCUUCAACAGCAGAUGGACAAGGCCAAGGCUGACGCAAGAUCGCGUGAAGAAAAGCUUUUGAAAGAGAUUGAACUCUUACAGUCUCAGGCCAGGCGAUCGUCUUCUCCACUGUUCCCCGUCGAUGCCAGUACAGCAGAAGAAAGUAUGGAACUUGCGACACCUCUUCAACCUACUAUGCUUUUAUCCAUGCAGAAUCACAAUACCCCACCAGAGCCAAUCGACCCUUCUCUUAUACCAUUGCCCUUCUCCCCUGUGCGAGCGUCUUCUCCGACUUUUUCGCCUCGAUUUGUUUCUUCACAGAGUCCUACCCCUGCCGAUAUACAGCGAGUGGAAGAUGCCCUUACGACAGCUAGAGAAAAUCUAGCGCAGAAAGAAAAUGCACUAGCUCAGUUGCGGAUGGAAGUCGAAGAUCUGCGACGACAAAUACCGCUCCCCAGUCCACCCACAGGACAGGGAGGCAUGAUAUUUGAAGUGUGAAUGUAAAUCUCUCUCUCCCUCUUUUUGGCUAUCCAUUUGCUUUCGUGAUUAUCUACCCGUCAUAUUCCCUUGCGUAUUCUGUUACUAUAUGGACUUGUUGUCUUACUUAUCUGUUUUGCGUAUCGGCGUCAAUGUAGCAUAUCUGGGCGUGGUAAUAGUAUCUAUUGUCCCCUGCCUUUCUUCUGCUGCUGUUUGCCGUGCGUGUUAGGGUCUUUGGGAGGAGGAACAUAUUGCAGGUCGGGAAAUUGCAUAUUUUUCCAAGGGUGUGCUGGAUCCGGAGGUUGCUUCACGUAGCUUAUUCCUUUUGGAGGGG